AUGGUGAAAUCAGUCAUCAUCUGCGUGGCGAUUCUGCUGGUGUGCGUAAGCCAUCAUGGGCAUGCAAGAAAGUACGUCAAGUACAGAGAUCCGAAGCUGCCUAUCGAAGAACGGGUGGAUGACUUGUUGCGAAGGAUGAGACUGCCUGAUAAGAUCGGUCAGAUGAGCCAAGUCGACAGAGCCAACUACUCGUGGGCACCUGGACCCGGCAUUAUCAAACAAUAUAGGCUUGGAAGCAUAUUGAGCAAUCCGUACGACACGGGAGGUGAUGCGGGGGAGAGGUUGAAGGCGGCGAACGAGAUGCAGAAGAGGAGUCUAUCCUCAAGGCUCAAGAUUCCGAUUAUCUACUCGGUCGAUGCCAUCCAUGGCCACAGCACUUUCAUCAACGCCACCGUUUUUCCUCACAAUGUCGGCCUCGGUGUCACCCGGGAUCCUGAUCUCAUAAGAAGGAUUGGAGAGAUCACAGCACUGGAAGCAAGGGCAACCGGUUUUGCUCUGGCGUUUGCUCCUUGUGUUGCGGUAUGCCGAGAUCCAAGAUGGGGAAGGUGUUACGAAAGCUACAGCGAAGAUCCUUCCAUCGUGAAUAUGUUGACGUCUGAAAUCAUCGACGGCUUGCAAGGAAAAGUUCCUGAGAAUCUUAGUGGCCAUCCUUACGUAGCUUCCUCCAAGACAAAACUAGCUGGUUGCGCCAAACAUUUUGUGGGAGACGGAGGAACUGUGGAUGGAAUCAACGAGAGUAACAUGGUGGCGGAUAACCAUACAUUGUACGGUAUUCACAUGCCUCCUUUUGAGAUAGCGGUCAAGAAAGGCAUCUCAUCCAUCAUGGCUUCUUACUCGAGCCUCAACGGUGUGAAGAUGCAUGCCAACAAAGCCAUGCUCACUGAUUACCUCAAGAACACUCUCAAGUUCCAGGGUUUUGUCAUCUCUGACUGGCAUGGAAUCGAUAAGAUAACCACUCCUGAGCGUGCUAAUUACACGCAUUCCAUCGUUGCAUCCAUCAACGCAGGCAUCGAUAUGGUUAUGAUACCAUUUCAGUUCAUAGAGUUCCAAAACAGUCUGGAGAAUCUAGUGAAACGCAAAUUCAUCCCCAUGAGCCGCAUUAAUGACGCCGUCAGGAGGAUCUUGCGCGUGAAAUUCGCCAUGGGACUGUUUGAGAACCCUUAUGCCGACCCUAACACGGUCGUCAAGCUUGGAGCAAAGGAGCACCGAGAAGUGGCGAGGGAAGCAGUGAGGAAAUCAAUGGUGUUGCUGAAGAACGGGAAGACAAAAGACGAGAAAGUGGUGCCGCUGACCAAGAACGCGAAGAAGAUUCUGGUAGUAGGCCGACAUGCCAAUAACUUGGGCUUUCAAUGCGGAGGUUUCACCCUCACCUGGCAAGGAUUCAACGGUACCAACGUCCCCUGGAACGGCUUUCGGAAUCUCCCCACCGGCCAUACCACCGGAACAACUGUCUUGCAAGCCAUCAAAAACACAGUUGGGAAUACCUCGGAAGUUGUCCAUGUAGAAGAUCCGACAGCAGAUACGGUCAAGCUCCACGGCGAUGCCUCGUAUGCGGUGGUUGUUGUCGGAGAGAAUCCGUACGCCGAGACGCAGGGGGACAGCCCGACGCUAGCCAUGCCUGAUCCAGGCCCUGCCACUAUCAAGAACGUUUGCGGUCACGGCUUGAAAUGCGUUGUCGUUCUUAUCACUGGACGUCCGCUCGUCAUCGAGCCGUACCUCGACGUGAUCGAUGCCCUCGCAGUCGCGUGGCUGCCUGGAACCGAGGGCCAAGGCGUUGCGGAUGUUCUCUUCGGGGACUUCCCGUUCACCGGCACAUUGGCCCGUACGUGGAUGAAGAAUGUCGCUCAGCUUCCGAUGAACGUCGGUGACAAGAAUUACGACCCUCUUUUCCCCUUCGGAUUCGGAAUCAAGACCUGAAGACAAAGAUAGCCCAGAAAAAAAAAAAUUCACAGAGCUUGGCCUUUAAACUGGUUAUAGGAUUGGUCAUUCGUUAUCAUCGUUGAUUCAUUUUUAGAUUUCUUGCAAGCUGUAACAAAAAAAAAAGUUUCUUAAUAAAAAAAAGAUUCGUGUACUGUACGUACGUACAUACUAACUUAUAUUACUAAAUAAGAAGAUUCGAAACAUGACAAUGCGUAAUAGUUCUUCUGAUGACGAGGAUUACGAUCGUGAUCGACCUGAAGAGACAUAGACCCACAUCUUGUUUGCGUUUAUUUAAUU